UGAAGUGAGGGACCCCAUAAACAACACUACAAACCAAAGGCUCCCUCAUCUGGGGCCCAACCUGGUACAUUUUCUCACUCUCACAUGUGCCUAUAUCAGUCUAUUUUACAAAAUUUUACUUCUCUUUCUCUCUCUUUACUGCCACCAAAGUUUGCUUCUGCUGCAGCUCUGCUGUUUCUAUGUCACCACUUGUUGAAGCAAACAAAGCAAAGGAACCCCUUUUCUAUUUUGCCUAUAUCAGUCUAUUUUGAAGUUUUUAGCUUUGAUUGAUAAGAGUUAUCUGAAACUAGAGCAAAAGAUAAAGAAAGCCCAAAAGGGUAGUAAGUAAGGUUUGAAAGGGAAGCUGAGACUGAGACUGAGACUUUGGGGGUUUCCAAUGCCCUCAGUUCUGCCAUGUCCUUGCUUCUUCUUGUUCUACUUGAUUCUCCUUCUUGGUUCCUUAAGUGUUGGUUUGGCUGGUGAUCCCUAUGUCUUCUAUGAUUGGUCUGUUUCAUACAUCAAUGCCUCUCCACUUGGACCCAAACAAAAGGUUAUUGGGAUAAAUGGGCAGUUUCCAGGACCAAUUCUCAAUGUCACUACCAACUGGAAUGUUGUUGUUAAUGUCAAGAAUCAUCUUGAUGAGCCAUUACUUAUUACAUGGAAUGGAGUACAGCACAGGAAAAACUCUUGGCAAGAUGGCGUUUCGGGGACUAAUUGUCCGAUCCCGGCCGGUUGGAAUUGGACAUAUGAUUUUCAGGUGAAAGAUCAGAUAGGGAGUUUCUUUUACUUCCCUUCCUUGAACUUUCAAAGAGCUGCAGGAGGGUAUGGAGGGGUUAUUAUAAACAAUAGAGCAGUUAUUGCACUUCCUUUUCUGGUGCCAGAUGGAGAUAUUACACUCUUUAUUAGUGACUGGUAUACAAAGAGUCAUAAAGAACUGAGAAAAGAUGUUGAGAAUGGAAUUGCUCUUGGAGUUCCUGAUGGUGUUAUUAUAAAUGGACAUGGUCCCUUUCGAUAUGAUGAGGCACUUGUUCCAGCAGGAAAUCCUUUCUUAUUAGUAAAUGUUGAACCAGGAAAAACAUACCGUAUACGGGUGCAUAAUGUUGGUAUCUCAACAAGUUUGAAUUUCAGGAUACAAAACCAUAACUUACUUCUUGUUGAGACUGAAGGAUCAUAUACAGUUCAACAGAACUACUCAAACAUGGAUAUACAUGUAGGUCAGUCAUAUUCGUUCUUGGUAACAAUGGAUCAAAAUGCCAGCAGUGACUACUACAUUGUUGCCAGCCCUCGUUUUGUCAAUUCAUCUUCUUGGACUCGAGUUAAUGGAGUUUCCGUUUUGCACUACUCGAACUCUCAGGGGCCUGCUUCAGGUCCUCUCCCCGAUCCUCCUACUGAUUUGGACCCCUAUUUCUCAAUGAAUCAAGCAAGAUCCAUAAGAUGGAAUGUCUCUGCUGGUGCUGCUCGUCCAAACCCGCAAGGAUCCUUCAAAUAUGGUCAAAUUACAGUCACAGAUUUCUAUCUGAUCACUAACAAACCUCAAGAACUUAUAAAUGGCAAGUGGCGUACUACCCUCAAUGGCAUUUCAUAUUUACCACCUUCAACACCCUUGAAGCUUGCUGAACAGUUCAAGAUUCCAGGAGUUUACAAGCUUGAUUUCCCUAAUAAAAUUAUGAACAGACGUUCCAAAGUCGAUACAUCUCUAAUUAAUGGUACUUAUAGAGGUUUCAUGGAAAUCAUCCUCCAGAACAAUGACACAACUGUUCAGAACUACCAUUUGGAUGGCUAUGCAUUUUUUGUAGUGGGUAUGGAUUUUGGAGUUUGGACAGAGAACAGCAGAAACACUUACAACAAGUGGGACGGUGUUGCUCGCAGCACCACGCAGGUCUUUCCCGGAGCUUGGACAGCAAUUUUGAUUUCUCUAGACAAUAGUGGCAUGUGGAACCUUCGAACAGACAAUCUGAACUCGUGGUAUCUAGGCCAGGAAACGUACAUCAGCGUCGUAAACACUGAGGAUGACAAAUCCGAGGUUUCUUUGCCCGAAAAUGCCAUAUUUUGUGGUGUACUAUCAUCUCUACAGAAAGAUCAGGCUCAGAGAUUCAAGUUUUCUAGUGCAUCAUCAAAAAUAUCCUAUGCAAGGAGAACAUUUUUGGUAAUGUUGAUUAUAGUUUAUGCAGCUUUUAUUGGGUAAUCAUGGCUGGAAAAGUUUUGUAUAAUUUAGUUGAGUACCCAAAUUAGUAGAAUGGUAAAAAAAAGCCAAAAGGGGCUUUAUUAAUUUAUUGGUGUAGAAAUGGAGAGAACACAUUGUUGAAUGGAACAUGUAUUAUAGUAAUUUUUUGUAUUGCAAAGCAUUUAUGUUUAUUUGAAAAUCACUUGGAUAUUGCUUAAGGGUGAUUUAUGAA